GUGAUUUCUUAUCCUAUCGUCUUUCUUUCCAUCAAUAACCCAAAACCACCUCCACCACCAAUCUCCACACCACCAAAUGGACGCUCUCUGCGUAAACCCCUCUCUCUCCGGCCUCAAACUCUCUUCUAAACUCCACCCCACCACUCCGCCACCCCUUUCCCGCCCUUUUUACCUUCGUUUCCGGCCACCGUACCGCCACGCCACCCUCACCGUCUCCGCCACUUCAUCCACCAUAGAACCCCAACCCCAAUCUCAAUCUCAAUCUGAAUCCGACCCACCUCAAUUCUCCAAUUACAACGAAGAAGAAACCUACGGAGAAGUCAAAGCAAUCAUCGGAAGCAGAGCCGUGGACUCACGCGCCGAAAUGGAGUACUUAAUCGAAUGGGAGGACGACCACGCGCCGACGUGGGUUCCGGGGAACUUAAUCGCCGCCGACGUCGUCGCCGAGUACGAAAACCCGUGGUGGGUCGCCGCCAAAAAGGCUGAUGAUCGAGCACUGAAGGAGAUUAUUAGCUCUGGCGACGGCCGGGAUGUGGACGCCGUCGACGGCGACGGCCGGACGGCGCUGCUGUUCGUCGCCGGUUUGGGAUCGGAGUCGUGUGUGAGGGUUUUGGUGGACGCCGGCGCCGACGUGAACCACAGGGAUAAUGUCGGUGGUUUGACAGCGUUGCAUAUGGCGGCGGGGUAUGUGAGACCGGGUGUGGCGAAACUAUUGGUGGAGUUUGGGGCGGAUCCCGAGGCGGGGGAUGACCGAGGGCGGACGCCGUUAGAUUUGGCGCGUGAAGUUUUGAAUUCGACGCCUAAGGGGAACCCGGUGCAAUUUGCUAGAAGAUUAGGGUUGGAAAGUGUAAUUAAAGUAUUGGAGGGCUCGAUAUUCGAGUAUGCCGAGGUGGAGGAGAUAAUGGAGAAGAGAGGGAAGGGGAAGAAUCUCGAGUAUUUGGUGAAGUGGAAGGAUGGUGAAGAUAACGAGUGGGUUAAAGCCGCAUUGAUUGCGGAAGACUUGGUUAAGGAUUUCGAAGAUGGGUUGGAGUAUGCGGUGGCAGAGUGUGUGAUAGAGAGACGAGAUGGGGAGGAAGGGAAGAAUGAGUAUUUAGUGAAAUGGACAGAUUUAGAAGAAGCGACUUGGGAACCUGAGGAAAAUGUUGAUCCCGAGUUGAUAAAGGAGUUUGAGAGUGGUGGUCGUGAUGAAGCCGGAGCGCUCACCACGACACCUUUAUCUGGUAGUGGAACGGGUUAACAAUAGACUCUGUGUUUUGUAAUAAUAUUAUAUUUUCGAAAUUAGAAUGAAGACAGUGGAAUAUUAGAUUAAUUCAAUUUUUUGGUA